CUAUAUAAACCUCUCUCCAUUCAUGUCAUCACCAGCUCAUUCGUUCUCCAUAAUUUACUUUCCUAUUCUUUCCCACUUGUCACUGCCAAAUUUCGUUUGCCUUCAUUUCUUUGGAGUGAAACAAAUCAGUUUCUCUGAAGUUCCUAUGGCAUCUGUUGAGGUUGAGUCAGUGAGCACAGCACUUCCAGUGGAGAAAACUGAAGAACCAAUCAAGCCUCAAGAGGAGGUGGUCGAGCCGCCCACACAAGAGGCGCUUCCUGAAGAGCCAAAGGAGGAGGAGGAAAUUACUGUAGCAGUAGCCGAGGAAAUAGUGACCACCGAGGCCAAAACACCGUCUGAAGAAGCUGAAACUAGAGAGCUCACAGGACAGGCCGAAGUUGUCACACAAGAGUUGAAUGUAGUGGAGAGUGAAGAGGAAACACCAAAGGAAGUCACGGUUGCAGAGGAGGCUGCAAAAGUAGCACCUGAGACCGAGCCAGCAUUGGUUGUGGAGGAGACUGCGGAGGUAGUGCUGGAGUCCACAGUUGAGGAGACUCCAAAGGAGGCUGCCGAGCUGGUGGUGGAGGAGAAGAAAGAAGAAGUAUCAGCAGAAGCUGUUGAUGUUUCGGUUCCAGAAGCUGAACCAGAAAAACCAAGAGAGGAGGUUAAGGAAGAAGAGAAACGGGCGGUUAUCGAAGAGAAAGAUGGCGGAGAAGUUGCAGCUGAGAAAACCGAGUAGCGAUCAAGUGACGAGAGGAGAGCAAUCUGAUUGACAGAUGGAGGUUUGCGUGAGGAUUGAAACCGUAGCUAAUGCUUUGGUCUGUAUGUUGCUGUACUUUUUAAAUUUGGUUGUGUGAUGAUAAGAGUCGCUGCGUCAUGGAUUGUAUUCACUCUUGGAGAAGAGACUUUGCUUCAUAUUAUGUGCAUGCCUUGCAGAUAGAACAGGCAACUGGUGCAUCUGUGGUACGAGACGAGAGAUGUUUUGUAAAUAAUGGGAUUUUGGAGUUUCUCCUAACUUACCCUUUCUUUAGUA